AUGUCUUCCCUACCGUCUAAUGUUCACGUAGCUCAACACCCCUGCCUACGGGCCAAGGUCUCACAACUGCGAUCGCAACAGACCAGCGCUCGUGAUGCUAAGCGUUUGAUCAAUGACAUUGCGACCAUGCUGGGAUACGAAGCUCUUGGUUCUGCUCUGAAGUCUACACAGCAAGGCACAGACCAAUCACCGUUAGGCUACGACUUUCCAAUUGACUCCAUCUCGCCGUCCCACGUCUCGCUCGUGCCUAUCCUGCGAUCUGGUCUAUCAAUGGUCGACGCUCUACUCUCCGUCCUACCAGACCCAGUCCCAGUUUUCCACCUAGGCAUGUACCGCGAAAAGACCACACUCCAACCCGUCGAAUACUACAACAACCUGCCAUACCACUCCGCCACAAACACCUCAAAACAAACCACACCUUCAGAUCUAGCCAUCCUGCUUGACCCCAUCAUUGCUACUGGCGCUACAGCGAGUGCUGCCAUCGACACGCUAAAAGAUUGGGGUGUCAAACGUAUAGUCGUCUGUAGUGUGCUGGCCAGUCACGAGGGUUUGGAGAAGGUCAGUCGUGUCUGGGAAGAAGGCGUACAGAUCUGGGUUGGUGCUGUAGAUCCGGGCACAGAUACAAGAGGCAUGAUCAAACCUGGUCUUGGAGAUGUUGGCGAUAGACUUUUCCUCACGAUUGGCAAAUGA